AUGUACAACGGAAUAGGGUUACAGACUGCUAGAGGAUCAGGGACUAAUGGCUAUGUUCAAACGAACAAGUUCUUCGUGAGGCCUAGGAAUGGUGGUAAGCCCGUUAAUGGUGGGAAAGGGUUCGAGGAUGAUCAGGGAACUGCUGGUUUAUCGAAGAAACCUAACAAAGAUAUCCUCGAGCAUGACCGUAAACGUCAGAUUCAUCUUAAGCUCGCUAUCCUUGAAGAUCAGCUUGCUGAUCUGGGUUAUUCAGAUGCCGAUAUUGCUCAGAAGCUUGAGGAAACCAGGUUAAACCUUGAAGCUACUGCUGCUACUUCUGAAGAGAGUGGUGGUGGGUCGAAGAUCUCUGAUACACAGACCCAUCAGGUUGCUGCAAGGAAAGAGAAGCAGAUGGAAUUGUUUCGAGCUGCGUUGGGUAUACCUGAUCAGAAGCAGGUUGAGGAAGGUAUGAUUGAUGAUGAGCCAACGGCGGAGGCUUAUGAAGGUAGGCUGAAAGAGAGGCGGGAACAUUCUUUCUUGGAUAGAGAUGGUGGGAGGAGGAAGGUAGAUGAGGAUGUUAACGAGAAAGAUGGUAAGAGUAAGGGUAAGGGAAAGGAUAGUAAGAAGCAGCUUGGUGGUGAUGAUGAUGAUAUGGGUGAAGUGAAGCGUCACAAGAAGAAGAAAGAGAGCAAGAAGAGAAGGCACGGUGAUGAUUCAUCUGAGUCUGAUGGAAGUGGUCGUGACCGCAGAAGGCGAUCUAAGAAGAAGGCUAAGGGGCGUAAACAAGUCAGUGAAAGUGAAAGCGAAAGCGACUCGAGCAGCUCGGAUUCUGACUCUGAUAGUGAUGGUGGAGAGAAGAGAAGAAGGAAGGGUACGAAGAAGCGCAGUAGAAGCAAGAGAAGCGUCUCUUCUGAGUCUGAAGAUGUUGACAGUGAUGACAGCAAGAAACAUAGGAAGUCACACAAAAAGAGUCGACCCUCCAUUCGAUCUAGCUCUAAAGAAGUAAGGGAUAACAAACUUGAUGAAGAAAGGAGAGCUGGACGAAAGAGGCAUGAUUCUGAUGUUAGCGAGCCUGAAUCUGAGGAUAAGAAACAACAGCUGCGCAAGAAAGAAGAAGCUCACCGUGGAGGAAGGAAGCAGAAAAGAGAUGAGGAAGACGUGGAGUCUGAUCAUUUGAAGGACAGGCAUAGAGGUGAUACUGGCCGCAAGAAAGCUGCAAGAGACGACUCUGAUGACAGUGAUGCUGAGUUUGUAAACAAGAAGAAACUGCGCAGUAAAGUAGAAGCGUACAGUGGAGGAAUGACGCAGAAACGAUACGAGGAGGAAGAGCCUGUGUCUAAGCACGGCAAGGACGGUUACAGAAGUGAUGAUCGUGGCAAGAAAGUUGCAAGAGACUCUGAUGACAGUGAGGCUGAGUAUGAAAACAGGAGGAAGCUAAGGGAUGAAAGAGGAAAGAAGCACAUAAGAGAGGAGGAUGAUGAUGACAACAACAACCAUGGAAGAGACAGGUAUAAAAGAGGCGAUGAUGCUGGUCAGAGACGUGGAACAAUUAAGGAUGCUGAUGAUGAUGAUAAGAAGAUGGAUAGGCAUAGAAGAGGUCGAGUCAUUGAGGAAGAAGAGAAAGACAAAGGAGAUGAUUACAUGGAUAGAUACAGACCGAGACGUGAGGACGAUGAAGAGUAUAAGCAUGGCAGAGACAGGUACAGAGGCGAUAAGGAGGACAGGUAUAGAGGUGGUGAUGCUUCUGGUAAAAGACGCGAGGAAAGUGAUGAAAGAGUUAGCAGAGAGCGUCGAAGUCACCACGAUGGCCGAUCAAGCGGGAAGAGAUCGUCCUAUGGUGCUCCUUUUUUCGUAGAUUCUCAGGGUUUUCGAUUGCUACUGUGUGAUUUUGCUGGUGGUGGUGACACAAUGACUAGACCUAACACCCGAAACAAAAACAAAAGAGCAAGACCAUCAGACACUGUUGAUUCCUCUUCUCAGAUUCUCCGGAAAAUUCACGAGGCUAAUGAUGUUACUGAUGAUGACAUUAACCAACUUUUCAUGAUAUGCAAGCCAGUUUGUCAAGGCUGCCGUGUUAACACCCGUGACAAUCCCAACUGCUUCUGUGGGCUUGUUCCGCCGGUUAAUGGAAGCCGGAAAUCUGGGCUGUGGCAGAAAAUGUCUGAAAUCAUUACGGCUCUUGGUCCAGAUCUAUCCUCGGAACGUCGUGCUUCUGACUCUACACCGGCUGGUCUCACCAAUCUGGGCGCUACUUGCUAUGCCAACAGUAUACUUCAGUGUCUGUACAUGAAUACUGCUUUCCGGGAAGGAGUUUUCUCUGUCGAGGUUGAUGUGUUGAAACAGUAUCCAGUCUUGGAUCAGAUUGCUCGGCUUUUUGCGCAGCUGCAUGCUAGCAAGAGAUCCUUUGUUGAUUCAGAUGCUUUUGUGAAGACGUUAGAGUUGGAUAAUGGGGUUCAGCAGGAUACCCAUGAGUUCUUGACUUUGCUUCUGUCCUUGCUUGAGCGUUGCUUAUGCCAUUCUGGUGUUUGCAAAGCUAAAACAAUAGUGCAGGAUCUCUUUCGUGGUAGUGUCUCGCAUGUGACCACGUGCUCGAAAUGUGGCAGGGAGUCCGAGGCUUCUUCAAAGGUGGAAGAUUUCUAUGCCCUUGAGUUGAAUGUCAAAGGCCUCAAAAGUUUGGAUGCUAGUUUGAAUGAUUACCUUAGCUUGGAGCAUCUCAAUGGGGAUAAUCAGUAUUCUUGUGGAAGUUGCAAUGCUAGAGUAGAUGCCACACGCUGCAUCAAACUGCGCACACUACCUCCUGUUAUCACUUUUCAGCUCAAGCGAUGUGUUUUCCUUCCUAAGACUACGGCUAAGAAGAAAAUUACUUCCUCGUUUUCCUUUCCUGAAGUGCUGGAUAUGGGAUCGAGAUUGGCAGAGUCUUCUCAAAAUGAGCUGAUAUACGAUCUCUCUGCUGUGUUAAUCCACAAAGGAAGCGCUGUCAACAGUGGACAUUAUGUUGCUCACAUAAAAGAUGAAAAGACUGGCUUGUGGUGGAAAUUUGAUGAUGAAAGUGUGUCAGAACUGGGUAAACGUCCAUUUGAUGAAGGCUCUUCUUCAACUCCAAAAUCUGAGAGUAAUGGUACGACUAGUAGUGGGAGUACACCAGAUGUCAUUCAAUCAGGAUCUGCUAUUAAGUCGGAGGUUUUCUCAUCCACUGAUGCUUAUAUGCUGAUGUAUAGUCUUAGAUGCGGUAAACAGGAAAAUCAGCAGGAAGGCCAAAGAGAAAAUCCUAUUGAUAGUGUUCAACAACUUGAAGGUGAUCUUCCGUCACAUCUUUAUGAAUGGAUCAAUAACGCGAAUGCAUCAUUCCUUGAGGUUUGCUCGGAAUUUGAUUCAAGAAAGGAAAGAGAGUUGAAUGAGUUGACUGAAAGGAGGCAAGAAGUACGGACAAUACUUUCAGAAGCUGCUGUUCAGUCACUUGAAGAACAAUACUAUUGGAUCUCCACAGAUUGGCUUCGUCUAUGGGCAGAUACCAUUAUGCCUCCCGCUUUGGACAAUACCCCUUUACUGUGUUCCCAUGGAAAAGUGCUUGCCUCAAAAGUUAAUUGCAUGAAGCGAAUAUCUGAACUUGCAUGGGCCAAGUUAGAAUCAAAGUUCAAUGGUGGACCAAAGUUAGGGAAAGGGGACUAUUGCAGGGACUGCCUUAUGGAUGGUGCUCGCAUGGUUGUCUCUUCUGACAGCUAUAGAGAUCGAAGAACAUUCAUGAAAAACAUUGCAAGUGAUGUUCUUUCAGGAAAGUGUGAGGACGGAAAUUAUAUUAUCUCUAAAGCAUGGUUGCAGCAAUGGGUAAAAAGAAAAAACCUUGACGCUCCCAGUGAAGCAGAUGCGGGCCCCACAAAUGCAAUUACCUGCGAUCAUGGAGAGCUGUUGCCAGAGCAAGCGCCAGGGGCCAAAAGAAUUCUAGUUCCAGAGAACCUCUGGUCAUUCCUUGUUGAAGAUGCUCUAAAAGUGCAACCAGAAGAUCCUUCGGGCUGCCCUUGUUUCACUUUGGACUCCAGACAGUGUUGUCAUUGCACAGAGGAAAUUUCUGAGGUUGCAUGCCACGAGGAUUCACUAAGAACAUUAAAGGUCAAGCAGCGCCAAAAUCACGAGAAGUUAGCCGCAGGAAAGGGUAUACCAUUAACGGCACAGAGUCAAUAUUUCUUGUUGCCUUCUCCGUGGCUAGUGGAAUGGAGAAGCUAUAUUAACAUGACUGGGAAAAAUAGUUCUUCAGCACCAGAGCCUGAACUUCUUGAUGGAGUCAUCAGUACUCUCAAAUGCAAUAAGCACACGCGACUCCUUGAAAGGCUCCCUGAACUUGUCUGCAAACGUGGCUCAUAUUUUCAAAAAAAUCCAUCUACAGACAAGCUGACAAUCAUCCCUGAGCUUGAUUGGAAAUAUUUCUGUGAGGAGUGGGGAGGUAUCAUGGAGAAUGGAGUAUCUGCUUUUAUUGAGGUUGGUAACAAUAAAGAUCAAAGCUCAUCACAAAACGUCAUUGAUCUUGAGAAGGAUUCUUCUCCCGGUGAUAAUAUGGACAGCGAUGCUCAACACUUUAUUCUCAGGACAUCCCCAGAGAUUUGUGAGGAAUGCAUAGGAGAUAGGGAAAGCUGUGAGUUGAUGCAGAAACUUAGUUACUCCGAGGGAGAUGUAUUUGUCUAUCUUGUGCGUGGAAAGGAAGCCCCAAAAGCAAUGUUAGAGGUAUCUGAUACCACCGCUGAUGUGGAUCGGCGUGCAUCAAAGCGAUCUCGGAGAACAAAUUCUGGAAGCCUGACUAGUUUUAAAGUUUCUGCGACAACGACCGUGUACCAAUUAAAGAUGAUGAUAUGGGAAUUGCUUGGGGUGAUGAAGGAAAACCAGGAACUUCACAAAGGCCCAAAACUGAUUGAUGAGGAAUCUGCAACCCUUGCAGACAUGAACAUAUUUCCUGGCGACAAGCUUUGGGUGAGAGAUAGCGAGAUACAUGAACACCGCGAUAUUGCUGACGAGUUAUGCGAUAAGAAAGCGGGGGCUCAAGAUGUCGAAGAAGGGUUUCGUGGGACGCUUUUGACUGCAGACAUCUCUUCUGAAGCCUGA